AUGUCAGCAAUGCCUAGACAAGAGCCAAAGAUGUUUGUCUUGCUCUAUGUUACAAGUUUUGCCAUUUGUGUAAGUGGACAACCUCGAGGUAAUCAGUUCAAAGGAGAGAGCUACUCCCCAAGAUAUAUCUGUAGCAUACCUGGCUUACCUGGACCUCCAGGUCCUCCGGGAGCAAGUGGCUCCCCUGGACCCCACGGUCGGAUCGGCCUCCCAGGACGAGAUGGGAGAGACGGCAGGAAAGGAGAGAAAGGCGAAAAGGGGACUGCAGGUUUGAGAGGUAAGACUGGACCACUGGGCCUUGCUGGAGAGAAAGGGGACCAAGGAGAAACGGGGAAGAAAGGACCCAUGGGACCGGAGGGAGAGAAAGGAGAAGUCGGUCCGGCUGGGCCUGCUGGGCCAAAGGGAGACAGAGGAGAGCAAGGGGACCCAGGGCUACCUGGAGUGUGUAGAUGUGGAAGCAUCGUGCUCAAAUCUGCCUUUUCCGUUGGCAUCACCACCAGCUACCCAGAAGAGAGGCUGCCGAUCGUAUUUAACAAGGUCCUCUUCAAUGAGGGAGAGCACUACAACCCUGCCACGGGGAAGUUCAUCUGUGCUUUCCCAGGGAUCUACUACUUUUCUUACGAUAUCACAUUGGCAAAUAAGCAUCUGGCCAUCGGGCUGGUGCACAAUGGGCAGUACCGGAUAAAGACCUUCGACGCCAACACAGGGAACCAUGACGUGGCUUCAGGGUCCACGGUCAUCUAUCUGCAGCCGGAGGAUGAAGUCUGGCUGGAGAUCUUCUUCAAUGACCAGAACGGCCUCUUCUCAGACCCAGGUUGGGCGGACAGCUUGUUUUCCGGAUUUCUCCUGUACGUUGACACAGAUUAUCUAGAUUCCAUAUCAGAAGACGACGAGCUGUGA